AUGCCACCAAAAGUCAAAGCUCCAAAAGUUAAGGUAGAAAAACCAUUUAAAUAUGAGAGAAACCUAGCUACUCAAUACAAAUUUGGAGCUCAUGUUGGUAUGUCAGGAGGGAUUUAUAAGUCAGUCACAAAUGCAAUGAAUAUAGGAGCUAAUUCUUUUGCAUUAUUUUUAAAAUCACCAAGAAAAUGGGUAUCACCAGAUUUAAAACCUGAUGAUAUAAAAAAAUUCCAUGAUUUAUGUACAUUACAUGGAUAUAAUUCAAGAACAGAUAUUUUACCACAUGGAUCAUAUUUUAUAAAUUUAGGUAAUCCAGAUCCAGAAAAAGAAGCAAAAGCUUAUGAUUCAUUUUUAGAUGAUUUAAAAAGAUGUGAAUUAUUAAAUAUUGGAUUAUAUAAUUUUCAUCCUGGUUCAAGUUUAGAUGGUGAUCAUAAAGAAUCUUUGAAAAGAUUAGCUAAUAAUAUAAAUAAAGCAAUUGAUGCAACUGAAUUUGUUAAAAUUGUUAUUGAAAAUAUGGCAGGUCAUGGAAACCUUAUAGGUUCUGACUUAAAUGAUAUAAAAGAAGUAAUAGCAAUGGUUGAAAAUAAGUCAAGAGUUGGUGUUUGUUUAGAUACUUGCCAUUCAUUUGCAGCUGGUUAUGAUAUUACAGAUGAAACAAAGCUCUUGGAGUUUUUAAAAACUUUUGAUGAAUUAAUUGGUCCAGAGUAUUUAAGUGCUAUACAUUUAAAUGAUUCAAAAGCUCCAUUAGGUGCAAAUAGAGAUUUACAUCAAAAAUUAGGUUAUGGGUUUUUGGGUCUAGACGUAUUCAGAGCAAUUGCAAAUUGUGAAAGAUUGAAAGGCAUACCCAUUGUUUUAGAAACACCUGUAAAAGAUGACGACGAUGACAUAUAUGGAGAAGAAAUUAAUUUACUAGAAUGGCUAGAAGGUAGAUCAAUAGAAGAUUCGGAGUAUAUAGUGAAAAGAGAAGAAUUAUCAAAAUUAGGUGAAAAAGAAAGAGCUGAACAUUUGAAAAAAUUUGAAACAAAGAAUAAUAAAAAGAAAGCCAAAGAGGAUAAACAACAAGGAGACAUUACAAAAUUGGUUAAAAAGAGAAAAGUUGCCUCUAAGUGA